GAACAUAAUGGAAGAUAAUAAUUUGGCUGAAAGUGAAAACAAAACUAUGAUGUAAAAAGGACUAUGUAAUUAAGGGGAGGUAAAAGAAAAGACCUGGACAACUAUAACAUGGAUAAUUUUUUAUUAAAAAAUAAAGAAAACCUUGAAUGGGAAAAACAGAAUGAUUCCAAUCCUGAUUCUCAUUCUUCUCUGGGCUUUGUAGAUAUGCUCCAGUUGAUCACCACCGAAGACCAGGACUUCUCUGGUCUGAUGGACACACCUUUCGGCUCCCAGCUUCCUCCUGAUCUGAACCCCCAUGGGCCCAGCCUCUUCAGCAGCUAUUUGGAGGCCCCCUCCUCCACAAGCUUGUUCCACCUUCCCACCCCAUCUCCACCCAGCUUCCAGGCCCUGCCCGCCGCUUGCCUGAACAUGCCGCCCUCUCCGGCGGGUGUCAAGGAAGAACCUUUGGCCCCAACGCUCAGCCCGGCUCAAAGCCAGCUGCCCACCAGCAGGAUACCUUCUCCAAAUAUUGUCCCAGCUGCCCAGAUGCCUUUCUCCACCCAGCCCUUGAUGGAUUUCCAGAAUCAGAACAGUAUUUCUGGGGUUUCUUCCCCAGCUCCCCAGCCAGGAGGGACACCCCAGCAGCCACCGCAGGUCUCCACCAAGCCCCAGCAGAUGCAGCCUCCUCCGAAACCAACGCCGUUCCAGAACAUCGCCCCACAACAGCUUCUGGCUGCCAGCAGCCCCCAGGUGGUCCAGCAAGUGCCGGUCCUUCUGCAGCCCCACUUCAUCAAGGCCGACUCCCUCCUCCUGACCACUGUCUCCGGAGCCAAGACGGCCAACACCAGCUCGGUGGUCACCUCCACAGCCUUGCAGAUGCCAGUAAGGCCCCCAUUCCUCUGAGUCCGGCUUCCCUUGGCUCUUCGGGUCCAUUUCUACAUUUUUUAAAAAAGUUUAAGUUUAAGUUUCAUUUUAUUUAUAUGCCGCCCUAUUCCCU